AACAAGAACAAGAACAAGAACAAGAACAAGAACAAGAACAAGAACAAGAACAAGAACAAGAACAAGAACAAGAACAAGAACAAGAACAAGAACAAGAACAAGAACAAGAACAAGAACAAGAACAAGAACAAGAACAAGAACAAGAACAGGAACAAGAACAUGAACAAGAAUGA